AUGUUUCCUGGUUCGAUGCCUCUUGACUCUACCCCACCUGUUGAGACGUGCAAAACCAAGCUUGCCACUCUCUCCCACAUUACUAGCGAAACAGAGGAACUAAGUGGUAUGAGUUCACACCUGAUAUCACAAGCAUUCAGCAAUACAAAACUCAAGUACAUUCUGUUAAAGAAUGAGAGUUCACGAAGAAAAUCAUGUGAAUCAAGUGGCUAUAGCAUCCCUACCCAGGGCAAAAGCUUCCCACUCUCUGGUGGGGUAGCUUACAAAAGAACUUUCCAAUGUAUAUUUAUUGUUUCAAAGAAUUCUCAUCCUGACCAGGAAUUGAACCCUAGUCUCCUGAACUGCAGCUGUAAGAAAUAUAGAACUGCUGUCUUGUACAACAUUUUAAGGGCUGGAAGAAAAGAUCCAGAACCUCAAAUCCUUGACAUUGCAAUGAACAUCUUUUUCAUUGAUUUUAAAGUAAAGGAAUAUGAGUUAGGUAAAAAGAAAGAAUGUUAA